UGCUUCCGUGUGCAUUUGAGCCUAUAAGUAAACAUGAAGGGACAACUGUUUUUCUUUGUUGCUAUUAUUGUUUGCAUUUGUGCAUAUUUGUACAAUCCUAAAUUUGCAAGGGAUUUAGUAAAGAAAGUGUUUACCAUCAGUCAUUAUCAUGAAGAAGCACCGAAUACUAAUCAAUACAAAAUAUUCACGAAAGAUGAAUUGGCCACAUUUAAAGGAGAAAAUAAUGGUAAAGUUUAUUUAGGAAUCGUUGGUCAUGUAUUUGAUGUAACAAAAGGAAGAAAACAUUAUGGACCAGGUGGUGGUUAUGAAUUUUUUGCUGGCGUUGAUGCUUCGAAAGCAUAUGUUACUGGGAAUUUCGAUAAAGAAGGAUUAACAGAUGAUAUUUCUGAUUUGAAACCAUCUGAAAUUCUAGCACUCCAGAACUGGAAAUCCUUUUAUGAAAAAGACUAUAAAUUAGUGGGAAAAGUCGAGGGAGCUUUUUUUGAUAAAAUUGGCAGAGCACUCCCAUUGAUGGAACUGUACAAAAAACAGCUUAAGAAAGCAUUGCUUGAGAAGGAUUUAAUUGAAAAUGAUAAACAGUUGUUUCCUCCCUGUAAUUCUGAAUGGAGCCAAGCCAAUGGAGGCAGAAUAUGGUGCACAACACGCAGUGGUGGUAUAGUUAGGGAUUGGAUUGGUGUGCCAAGAAUGUAUUACUCAGCAGGAAGCCCACAGCCAAGAUGUGCCUGUGUCAGAACAACAGGCCCACCUUCUCAUGAUCUAAGAAGCACAAAUCACAAAGACAGGGGUGAUUUAGAUAAUCCUAAUUUAAGCUUGUAUCCAAACUGUGAUGAUAUGUCUGAGUCAUGUCCGCUACCAGAAAGGAGUUAGUUUAUUUUAUUUUCAUAAGUCAUUAUGUGUCUUAGCGUGAUAGCAUCUGAUUUAUCACUGUUUUUCACGCACAGUUAAGUUUUUUAUUAGUCAUAUGAACUCCUCAUACAGGAUCUUCAUCGCCAGCCUUUCCUUAUAAUUAUAAGCUAACAGGUUUUUCAAAUAAAAUGUCAAUAAGAGGUUAAAACUCAACACCCACUACUCUUAGUCUUAAUAAAUACUAUAUAAUAUGCCUUAAAAAAUGUUUCAUAUAAAAUAUUAUACCCAUUUUAGUGUGGUAAUUAAAUAAUUUAUGAUUGUUGAAUUUAUUUUAAAGCCAUCAGCAUC